AUGUCUUCCUUCAUUGCAGUAGCCGGAGGCACAGGCGAUCUCGGUCGUGCUAUCGUAGAGGCACUUCUCGCAGAUGGCAAGUUCCCAGUCAUCAUCUUCAGCAGGAAGGGAGAAGGACAUCGGUGCUCGUAUUUGCCGGUCAACUAUAGCAGUGCCGACGAAAUUACUAGGGUCUUGGAAGAAAAUAGUGUACACACGGUCAUCUCCACCCUAAACAACAUGGCUUCUGUUCAGCCAGAGUUGAAGUUGAUUGCUGCUGCCGAUCAGGUCGAGGGCGCCAAGUUCAGCAGAAAAUACGCGGAGGAGAUGCCGAUUAUCAAGCCCAAGACUGUUAUCGUCGACGCACUUGAGAAGACAGACUUGGAGUUCUCGGCUUGGUACCCUGGGUACUCCGCUGAUUACUAUGUGUGCCCGCCCCUUCAAAGCCAUCUCAAGAGCAUGGCCAUGGUCGUGGACGUCGUCGACAACAAGGCAGGCGUCCCGGGAUCGGACUUGGCCGAGUUCGUCGCCACAGCCCUGACCCUGCCAAAGUGGGAGAAGGAGACUUAUCUUGUCGGCGACAAGCUGACAUGGAAUCAGCUUGUUGAGCUCGCUGAAGCAGUCAAGGAUGUCAAGUUUGACGUGGCUUAUGAUUCGAUCGAGACUUUGGAAGCUGGAAAGGUGACGAGACUGCCUCGUCAUAGAUCACCUUACCCUUACAUUUCAGACGAGCAGCUACAGCCUAUGUUUGCAAUCUUCGGUCUCAUGUUCAAAAGGACCUCCAUCGCCCAAGAUUUCCCCAACAUCAAGCUGAGGUCUAUGAAGGAGUUGCUGGAAGAGGCUUACAAGCUUGACGGUUGAUCCUGUUACUCGCGAGAUCGAUAUGUCAGGAAGCCUUAGUUAUCUACUACACUAGUCACUUAACAGGCUACAUCUCUGAGUCAAGCGAGAGCUUUCGCCUCUUUCUGCUUUGGGCCUCCUUCAUGGUUGUGGAUUUAAGGUGGUCGAUUUCGGAAAGCCCCAGAACCUGCCACCCAAGGCUCCGCGAGUUGCACAUGCUGGUGUCGUCAACAGCCCACAUGAGCCCCAUGUGGGAUGGCAUGACAGUGGUGCAUGAGGCCGAGUCGGGCGAUCUCGGAGGCAAAGAUUGUGGACUCGACAGGAAGCUGUUUCCCCAGAUCGACAGAUUCACCUGCAAGCGUCCCAAAAUGGGCGGCUGCCAGACGGAAGGGUGUUCCGAGAGCCUAGAACGUUCGGGUGGGACAGGAACAUAAAUAUCGAGGCAGCUCCUAAUGACGCGCUGCUGUGCUGACGAGGGAUGUUACGCGAAAUCGGCAUCAAUAUCUUCACGCACC